UUGCAUUCCGCCGCUCCUUCGGACCAGCCGAGGUCCAGGAAUGGGAUGUCUUGAAUGAAGUGGUCCCUCUCCCGGUCUCUUCCGUCAAUGACAAUGUUUCCUGGAGUCUCUCUCCCUCGGGAGAAUUCUCCAUUAGUUCUGCCUAUCAGGCGCUCUGCCGGGUGCCGGUCCUUCCGUGGUUAUCCCCACUUUGGAAGGCCCCGAUGCCCCUGAAGAUCAAGAUUUUCGUUUGGCAGCUUCUCCACGACCGUAUGCCUUCGGAGACCGAGGUGUUGAAACGCCAUGGUCCGGGCAACGGCUCCUGUCCCUUGUGCCACAUCCUGGAAACUGGAACGCACAUUCUUUUCUCCUACGUAGCUGCACAGGCCCUCUGGUGCUUUGUGCGUGAGGCCCUGGGACCGGAGUGGGAGGCUCAUGAUCUUGCAGAGUUUCUGCAAAUUAGGGCCACCCAGGUUGGCCCUCUGGCAUCCACUCGCUAGGCCCCGAGCCCGGGACCGACUUCAGAUGUAUCUCGACGUGCUGCGGGCGUCCGCCCGAAGGCUCUCCGUCCGUUCGCCUUCCUCUUAGCUUGCCCUGAUGGUGGCCUUUUUUGUUUCCUUUUCUUUCACUUGGGCGUGACUGUGCUGUGGCCCCAGCCAUUUUCUGUUUCUUUCUCUAUGUUGGGUUGUGGCUGUAUGGAUGUUGGACUAUUUGCUUUAUAUAUAAAGUCGGGGCGAAAGCCUGUUUUGAGAAGGAUGUCUCAGUUGUUCCUGCACCUGCAUACCGCAGAUCAGCUGGGCAUACCUAUGUAGAGGAGACUCGCGGUACCUCUACAACAGGAGACCCCUUUACCU